CAUGUUCAGUGAAUGUUCAGCCAGAGCCGCGCGUGAACCUUCCGCGCUUGCGCGAAUAUUUUCUAGUUUCUCCCAUUUGACGUUCCGUGAUUCACGUGACCAUAACAGGAAGUUCAGAUCCUGUCAGCUGUCGCUAUGGCACCGGAUUCAUGGUUAACCGCAUUUGAAAACACCCAAAUCCUGGCUCAGGAAAUAGCAGAGAAAAUCCAUGAACGGAACCGGUUCCUGAGAAAUGGGGAGAACCCUUUGAAGAUUAAUGUGACUCUGCGGUCACUAAUGCAGAACCUGCACGGGAAGAUAGAACAGCUGCGGGAUUCUCUGCUAAGAUCUAUAUCAACACGCCAGAUCACACAGUAUGAUGGAGAUCAGCGCCAAAGCCUUCUGGACGAACUUCUGACCAAAGAGAGACAACUUCAGACAGCCUUUAAAAGUGAUGGUACAGAGCCUGACAUUGUAAGGUCGAGUUUAUUGGCCGGCAGUGCUGGAAAUGGUUCUCGCCGUAACCCAUGGGUCAUGGAAGAGCCAGAGGAGACCAGGGGUCUGGCGAUUGGAGAACUCCAGCAGCAUCAGCAUAGGAUAAUAGCAGAGCAAGAUGCCGGCCUGGAUGCGCUGUCGUCCAUCAUAGCACGACAGAAACAGAUGGGUCACGACAUUGGAAAUGAACUUGAGGGACAAAAUGAGAUCAUUGACGACCUGACAAAUCUGGUAGAAAACACAGAUGUAAAGAUUCGCAAUCAGACAAGACACGUGAAGCUGGUGGACAAGAAGUCUGGUUCCUGCGCUAUGUUGGUGGUCAUUGUUCUUCUCCUCAUCUCCAUUGUGGUAGUGGCUGUAUGGCCAUCAAAGUGAACGGACCUCAGGGUCUUUCAGCCUCUUCCUGAGAUUCUGUACAAAGCUGCAGACACCACCUGCUUCAUCUCACAGGGUUUUGGCAGCUGGAACCCACAGGAAACUGCUGUCUCAGGGACAAUGCCUUAUUGACUGUCUUAGGGAGGCCUCAUUGCUUAACACACCUGUGUAUUAUCUGCGAUCAGAACCUAAUUACAUACUAAUUCUAUGAACUGAAUCUGUAAACAUGGCAUCAUGUCUUUUUAUACCACUAUAGGUCUUCUAGCCCAGCUCGGCUCCUUCUCAUGUGACCAAGCAGUGUGGGAAGAGCAGACUAAUACUGUGCCAGUGCAUAACCCUCUCGCCAGUUACAGGUUGUAGAACAACAUUCAGCAUCGCUGGCCUCUGCUUUAGUGAGGGGUUUUAUAGCUCUGCUCUCUUCCUAUUGCAAACGGCUGUAAUAAUACAGUGCGUGCGAUGAUUUAAGGGCUGUAUAUCAAUAUAAAGAGACGGCCAGACCCACACCCUACCAUUUAAGACAUUGCGUUACCUGAAAACAGCUGUUUUAUGCUCACUAACGGUCAUGUGAAAUGCAGCCCUGUAUUAUGCUGUUAGGAAAAAUGGCACAUUACAAUCUAGGAACGUAGAGACAUUUUGGGACAGAACAGUCUUUUGCAUAGCCUGGUGCUGGGAAGGAUAUGAUUCAUAUCUAACUGCUGAUAACCUCUUACAUGCCAAUAGACUUUUUUGGGAGGAAAUGUUAUUCUCUCCAUUUGGAACCUUUGUUAAGGAACAAAUUCUUCUAUUAAAUGCCCUGAGUUCA